CAUCCUUGAGCCCACCAGCAUCCGACGGUGCGCGCAGCAUCUCGAAACGGCCUUGGCUGAAACCAGGAGAGAUCCGACGCACAACUCGACCAACUCCAGUCAGUCGUAAUACAGUAUUAAUUUUUGUUUUUUUAAAAAUGUGAUCAUGAGUGAUCGAGAUUACUUUAAUUAAUUAAAGUAGCCGUCGUCUAAAGUAGCCGUUACUUAUUUGUUUUUCGGACCGCGACGCACCCCAACCCUCAAAAUGGCUGAGAUCACUGAAAUACGAGCAGCAUACGAUAUGUCCCCAGUGCUUGCGGGCUUUAUUGGUGCUGGUGUGCUGGUAGUGGCGGUGGUGGCGUUGAUCUUUGUGUGGACAUGCUGCCAGAAGCGCUACCACAGGAUGAUGGGAAACUAUAAGCUCCACGGCAUCCAGUCAGAAUACGGCGACCCGUCGGCCGACCCGCCUUACAAGUUCAUCCAUAUGCUGAAAGGAAUGAGCAUCUAUCCAGAGACACUGACCAGCAGCAAGAAGAUUGUGCGACUGGCACGGCGGGCUGAUGCGGAGCGUGCAGGCGCAGGCUGCCCCGUGGUGCUUGUGGAUGCGGGCACAGCCCCAGAGGGCAGCCCCACGGGGAACCCUCCGCCCCAGGAAGAGGUGGACGGCAGGACCGUGCUGCGUCUGGAGAGGGAGCUGCCCGUCCGCUCCGACUACUGCUGCCUGGAGAACAGCUCGGCGGGGAGCAGCCAGAGCUCCAGCACCACGGCCUCCAACACGGCCACGCCGUUCAGCCCUGCCGAGGAGGCUGGUCGCGGCACCCUCAGCCUGGCCAUUGACUACAACUUCCCCAAGAAGGCCCUGGUGGUCACCAUCGUGGAGGCGCACGGGCUGCCUGCCGUGAAGGGCCAGGCAGGCAGUGCCGACCCCUACGUGAAGAUGACCAUCCUGCCGGAGAAGAAGCACCGCGUCAAGACGCGCGUCCUGCGCAGGACGUUGGAGCCGGCCUUCGACGAGACGUUCACGUUCUAUGGCGUGCCGUACAGCUCGCUGCCCGAGCUCGUCCUCCACUUCUUGGUGCUGAGCUUCGACCGCUUCUCGCGGGAUGACGUGAUCGGCGAGGCGCUGGUGCCUCUCUCCGGAGUGGACCCCAGCACGGGCAAGGUGCACAUCACGCAACAGAUCAGCAAGAGGAGCAUGCAGUGCGUGAGCCGUGGGGAGCUUCUGGUGUCGCUGUCAUACCAACCUGUCUCUCACAGACUCAGUGUGGUGGUGCUGAAGGCCAGGCGUCUUCCUGAAUUGGACAUCACCGGCCUGGCCGGCAAUCCGUACGUGAAAGUGAAUGUGUUCUAUGGCCGUAAGCGCAUCGCCAAGAAGAAGACCCAUGUGAAGAAGUGCACGCCGAACCCCGUCUUCAACGAGUCCUUCAUCUAUGACGUGCCCGCAGACCUGCUCCCCGACAUCUCCAUCGAGUUCUUGGUCAUGGACUUUGACCGCACCACUAAGAACCAGGCGGUGGGGCGACUGAUCCUGGGCAUGCACAGUCCCUGCCCCUCUGGCGCCAGCCACUGGCAAGACGUCUGCCAAAACCCACGCCGACAGAUCUCCAAGUGGCACAGCCUCAGCGAGUACUAGGGGCCGAGCUCUCUCUUUCCUGCGCGUCUACUAAAAGAUACAUGUACACAUACUCACACGUACAGAAAUAUAUCCAAACAGGAGGGAGACCCCAAGCCCUAAGCGAGGUGCCUCUGUUUAUGUAGCCUAUCUCUCAAAGAGAAGACUAAAGGAACACAGUGAUUUACAAGCACUUCAGAUGGACUUUGUAGGAAAUGCAAUGAACUUUCACAACAGCCGUAUCGUUAUAGUUCUGAAAUAAUCCUUUUUAAAUGUUGCUGUUUCAGCCAUCACUGACACACACACACACACAUACACACACACGCAAACGUACUCAUACAAGUGCGUGUGCUCAAGCACAUGGACACAAACACACACUGAAGAGUAGUAACUAAAGAGACCAAAAUAUAACUAUUUCCACAAUUCUGAGACUGUUAUGAAUACGACCUCCUGAUUUAAGCAGUUGUGAUUGUGUGUAUAAGUUAAGGUGUUAAAUGUCUGCCACCACAAAUCUUUCACUGCACUGCUGUAUGUCACUGUACCGCAUGUCUGAAUAACACAAAAAUCACUUUAGGAAAAAAAAAAAACAAACAACCCCCCCCCCCCCAAAAAAACAAUCCAAACAAACAAGCAAAAAGUAGUCAGUACAGAGUUAGUGUCGCUAUUGCACAUUGUGACCGUUGGUGUACAAUAUAUUAAUUUCUGGACUGUAAAAGGACUUACAUGCCUGUUCAUUUCAUAUGGAGAUUGUGUCUGAUGAGAGAUCACAGUGAUCAGAAUGUAGCUAUCUCCCUACGGCUUUUCUCUGGCAUAGAGAAAACCAUUGGCAAUUGUCACAGGAGAUUGAUUUGUCUGUCCUGGUGUGUAACUUGUCCACUCAUAUAGCUGAGUGGCCUUCUUCUUGUGGAAAGCGUGUGUGGCUUUAGCACUGAGGAAUUAGUGAUUAUCUCACUGCCAUCCACACAGUCAGCAACGCAGAAACUAUAAAACCAGUCUUCAUUUACACAGAAACUCACUCUGAAUGUCACUGCUCUGUAUCCAGAGAGACAAAUGGCACACAUAAUUAAGCCUGGUUUUCCACCACGCAAGUCGCCUCUAUUCUGUUCUCUUUCUUUGUCCUGCACUGCUUGCCAUAGUCUUGUUUGAAGCAGUUUUCUUUUUCACUGACACUGUAAAUAUUGUACAGUACAGAAAGUUGACAGCUGUGUGUAUUUACUAUGAGGUGAUGAGAUAUUGUACUGUAUACACUGGCAUGUUUUGUGGAGGCCUCAUAGAUAUGGUAUAGUGUGUUUAGUAAACAGGGAUCUAUAAGGAGCCUGUUUGAGAUAAUAGGAGGGAGUUGAUAGGGUGUAAAGUUAAAAACUGCUUUUGUGGGGACCAAAUGACUCUCUGAAGCCUGUUUUUGAAACUCACCCAUAUUUAGUGGUAAAGGUAUUGAGUCAAGUGGAGCAGAACUGUAUUCUUGCUUAUUGAACUCUGACAUGGCAAGCUUCCACCUAUCACACCUAUCCUCACCCUCACACCAGUGACCUUUAUACUGUCCUUCAAUCAGACGUCUAUGUAGUGGGUGAAUAAUACACCCAAGCUACCUUGCCUUUCAUUUUAUAGGGUCAAUGGAUUUGGAUCUAAUAGAUUUAGGUCUAAUGGACUUGAAUCUAAUGGAUUUGGUGCCACCUGUUUGGUCACUGAACAGAAAAGGGCUUCUCAUAGGAUUCAAGUGCUCUAGAUAAACCGCACCUGGAAAAAGCACUGCUUCUGCAAAUUUCUCAACAGCUUUCUUUAUUGUACAACACACUUUUUUAUCUUAUCAGUAUUACAGAUCUGGGUGAAAAGAUUCAAUUAUGUUAUCAGAAAGUGUACUAAUCAGGAUGACAUGAGGAAAUUCACUGGCGGGACCCUUUGUUUGCAAAUACUAGAAAGAAAAUGAUUAAAAUGAAUAACUUGUGAAUAUUUGACAUACUUUGCCAAAUGCUCAGAGACAUUUGCUGAAUAACACACUAAACUGUAUGUUGGUGUUCUUACACACACUGAAUGUUCAAAUUAAAUGUGAUACAAAAGUGAA